AUGUUUAUAUGUCGUGGUUGUUCAAAAACGUUUUGUUUAGUUCAUACAAAUGAACAUCGAGAAAUACUUGAAAAACAAAUGAAUGAUAUAAUAAUUAAUCAUAAUCGUUUAAAACAAUAUAUAACUUCUGAUCAAAUAGAACAAUAUUAUCAAGUAUUAAUGAAACAAAUUGAUGAAUGGGAAAAACAAUCAAUUAAUAAAAUUUAUCAAACAGCUAAUGAAAUUCGUCAACAAUUAAUAAUUAUGACACGAGAAAAUCAUAAAAAUCUAAAAGAAAAAUUAACACCACUUACACAAGAAAUAACUAAAGCUCAACAUGAUAAAAAUUUUUUUGAAGAUGAUUUAAAACAAUGGACAAAUACAAUUCAAUUAUUAGAACGUAAAUUUAUUGAACAAGAAAAUAUUCAUAUUUCUCUAAUUAAUAAUGGAAAUCCACUUGUUUCAAAAAUUUCACUUAUUAAUAAAAUAAAUGAUACUAUAACAACAUCAAAUAAUUUUCUUACAUAUGAAACAAAUUAUAAUCCAUUUGAAAAUUGUACAAUAUCAAAUUUAAAUGAUGGAUAUUCAUCAGAUGAUCAUUUAUUUCGUUUUAAACUUGAACUUUAUCAAUCAAAUAGUUUAGUUUUAAUGGGUAUUAUAUCGAAAAAUAAAUCAAAAAAUAUAGAUCCAUAUAAUAAUCCAACAUUUUAUGGUUGGUCAACUAAUAAUCUUGUUUAUCUACAUGGUAUUGCUCAUUCUGAUUCUAAUAAUUAUCAAAGUGAUAUAGAAAAUAAUGAUGUAUUUCAAUUAAUUCUUGAUUGUAAUCGAAAACUUAUUCGAUUAACAAAUGAACGAACACGUCAAACAUAUGAAUUGAAUAUAGAUAUUACUAAAUGUCCUUUUCCAUGGCAACCACAUGUUCGUAUUUUAAAUAAUUUAGUUAAAUAA